AUGUCGUCCCAAGGCUGCCCGACGCUCGGUGAUGCUGACCGAAAUCGAGAUCCAAGGCUGUACCUGUUGGGAGAGUCCCACCACCCUGAGCAAGGCUUGACCACCGUUGGCCACUGGCCUCACCAGAGCCCAAGGCACACCAGGGAGGAGCCCUCAGGCAGUUCUCUAGGAAAGAUUAAGUUUAACCCCACGGUGCAACACAUUGUGAUUAAUGAGCACAAGGAUGUCACGUUUAAUUGCUCCAUCAAGGUACCUCAGCUGCUGCUCAGGCCGGACACCCCUGGCAUUUCCUUGUGGAAGGAUGGGAGGGAGCUAGACAUGCAGGACCGCAUUGCCACCAGCCACUUUGAGAUCUCUGAUGAGGAGGAGGUCUCAAUGACCUCCACCUUCAGCAUCCUUGCGGCCCAGCGCUCGGAUAACGGCUCCUACGUCUGCAAACUCAACAUUUCUGGCAUGGAGGUGGUGUCUGAUCCCAUCUUGGUGCAGCUGGAAGGGCUCCCACACUUCAUUCGUCAGCCUGAGAAGCUGAAUGUCACCAAGAACACCCCCUUCAACCUCACGUGCCAAGCCGUGGGCCCGCCAGAGCCUGUGGAGAUCUACUGGUUCCGCAACAACAUCCGAGUCAAUGAGAAGCCCCACAUCUCCCCGUCGGUCCUGACCGUGCCAGGUGUGAGUGAACCGACGCUGUUCAGCUGCGAGGCUCACAACAGGAAGGGGCUGACUGCCUCCAGCCCGGGGCAGGUCAACGUGAAAGGAAUACCAUCCCCACCUGCCAGCCUGCGUGUCCUCAAUAGAACAGGUCACAGUAUUGCGGUGUCCUGGGUGCCAGGCUUCGAUGCCUUCUCUGCCUUGAACAGCUGCAGUGUCCAGGUAAACAUCCAUCACCCCCCCUUUGCCCCUGCAACCCCCCUCGCACAGACACAGGUGGAAAUCAGUGUGAGUGAACCGACGCUGUUCAGCUGCGAGGCUCACAACAGGAAGGGGCUGACUGCCUCCAGCCCGGGGCAGGUCAACGUGAAAGGAAUACCAUCCCCACCUGCCAGCCUGCGUGUCCUCAAUAGAACAGGUCACAGUAUUGCGGUGUCCUGGGUGCCAGGCUUCGAUGCCUUCUCUGCCUUGAACAGCUGCAGUGUCCAGGUCGAGGAAGCCGUUCCACGAAGCAACAUCUCGCUUCUGCUCUUCAACACCUCGGUGCCUCCCCACGUGUAUCACAUCCAGCAGCUGGGGCCCAUGGCCGACUAUAACAUCCGCGUUUCCUGCAGGAAUGAGGUGGGCUGGUCGGCGUUUAGCCCCUGGAUAAUCGCCAGCACCACCGAGGGAGCUCCGACAACCCCACCACUCAACGUCACGGUGUCGUUCAACGAAUCCAGCUCCUCCCUGGAGAUCCGAUGGAUGAAGCCGCCCCUGAGGAGGAUCCAUGGGGAAUUACAGGGCUAUCACAUCUGGUACAGGUGGCAGAACUCCAAGGGGCUGCAGAACGUCUCCGCCGAAGCCCGGCAGAACGCCAGCGUGGCCAUCCUGCCCGUGGUGGCCACCAACGCCACCUGCUCCGUCCGCGUGGCUGCUGUCACCAAGGGGGGAGUGGGACCUUUCAGCAGCCCAGUGGAGGUCUUCAUCCCUGGCGGUGGAUUAAUAACCUCCGCCCCCUCUUCGACUCCAGCCUCUGGGAACGCGGACUCCUUUGUCAUAGCCCUGGGCUUUAUCUGUGGGACAAUUGCUGUGGGGCUGAUCCUCUGCUUGACUGUGGUCAUCCAGAAAAGAUGCGUGGAAACAAAAUACGGGAAUGCUUUCAGCAGAAACGACUCGGAGCUGGCAGUGAACUACACGGCCAAGAAGUCCUACUGCCGGAGAGCUGUUGAACUUACACUCAGCAGCCUGGGCGUCAGCAGCGAGCUCCAGCAGAAGCUGCAGGAUGUUGUCAUAGACAGGAAUGCUCUCAGCCUGGGGAAGGUCCUAGGAGAGGGUGAGUGCUGGGUCUGGACACCUGGGGAUGGACAUAAGGGGCAGCUGGUGGGAAAGGCCACGAGGAAGGAAUGUCUAUUUGCAGACUGUACUCCAGAGACGUGGAAGGAGGAGUUUGUGCCCCUGCAGACGCUGGUGAAGUUCAUGGUCGAUAUCGCCCUGGGGAUGGAGUAUCUGAGCAGUCGGCAGUUUCUCCACAGGGAUUUGGCAGCUCGAAACUGCAUGUUACGGGACGACAUGACGGUGUGCGUGGCGGACUUCGGUUUGUCCAAGAAGAUUUACAGCGGGGAUUACUACCGCCAGGGCCGAAUAGCAAAAAUGCCAGUGAAAUGGAUUGCCAUUGAGUCCCUGGCUGACCGUGUCUACACCACCAAGAGCGAUGUGUGGGCAUUCGGCGUUACCAUGUGGGAGAUAGCGACCCGGGGGAUGACGCCGUACCCAGGAGUGCAGAACCACGAGAUCUACGAGUACCUCUUCCACGGGCAGCGCCUGAAAAAGCCCGAGGGUUGCUUGGAUGAGCUGUAUGAAAUAAUGUCUGCGUGCUGGAGAGCCAACCCUGCUGCCCGCCCGACCUUCUCACAGCUGAAGGUUCAUCUGGAGAAGCUGCUGGAAAACCUGCCCACCGUCAGGGGCUCCGGGGACGUCAUCUACAUCAACACCAGCCUGCCCGAGGAGAGCCCAGACUCCACACAGGAUUCGGGCUUCCCCCAAGGGGACUCUGAUUUGGACCCUGGAGAUGUUGCUGAGCCCUGCUCUCCUGGAGUGGAGGCAGCGCUGGUGGCUGUGGAUGUCCACCACAACGAACAAUGGGGGACGAGGUACGUCCUGGAGGAGCAGCUCGGUGGCCCCGUGGAGGAAGCCUACAUCCCUCUGCUGCCCAGCAGGGUGGCCGGCGAGGGCUCAGGGUGGACCCAGGCCAGCACCUUGCCCAGUGGCAGCUCACUGGCCCCGGGGCUGCCCUGCACCCAUGGCUGUGGGGAGGACUCCGAAGAAGUGCUGCUGUGAAAGGGGCAGCCUGUGCAGAGCGGGGUGUAAACGGGCUCGGGGAGAAGGACAGAGGGUGUAUAUUUUAAUAAAUGGUCGCCUGUUCACAGAA